AUGCAUUCCCAAGCUCAUCGGGGACUCAAGUACAAGGAUAGCGGCGAUCUGGUAUAUCUUGAUUCAAAUGAUUACAAGGAUGGCAAGAUUCUGGAGCAUUUUGAUAUGCAUGAUCCGAAGAGGUUUUGUUCCGGCGCAAUAGGUCCGUCCCUUGACACUGGUUUGACAUUUCAUCUUCGCAAAGAUUCGAUGAAUGCAAAGAUGGGAACAUUGAAAGAGCUUCCGUAUAUGUUCAAUUAUGGAACAAAUGUCGGAGGAGGAAGGAAUCUAACACAUGAAGUUGAGAGCAAGCACAUGGAUAAUAUGUGCAAGUAUGACGCUGAUGCCAUCUGUGAUGUGGACAGUGCGUCUCUAUUGGUAAAAGAAGGGUAUCGUAUGGUGAUGGAUACCGAUGUAGAAAAUGCAUUUUUUGUUUCUAAAGAUGGGAAUCAAUGGAUUUACAGAGAAAAGGAUGGGUCGUAUACUUAUGAUCCUCAUGAGGGGCAGAGUCAUUGCAAUGUGUGCAUGGAACUUGGACCGACGGGUGAAGCCUGCAGGUCGUGCAGAGCCCACGGUGGUUUCGUGUCGGGUGAAUCGUAUCAUGGCAACAACGAUAAUACAACUAGUCAACAUACUUCCCGUUACUCUGGUGUCCAAACUGCAAAAAAGAACAUAGAGGGAUACACCCCACGACAAGUUGACCGAGCGAACGCUGCAAGAUCCGGGUAUCACAUGUGUGGUGCACCAGGGAUUGAAGCAUUCAAAGUUGCCGUACACUCAGGUUUAUUCCAGAAUUGUCCCAUCAGAGAAGAAGACAUUGUUAUUGCUGACAAGAUUUAUGGACCAAGCGCUUCAGUUCUUUAA